ACGAUUGUUCUCUUUUGUGUAGCAACGGGGUACGUGUUGAGCGUCUUCAGUCUUCACCUGGGUGCAUUCCAGGAACUGGAGGGCAGGUGAAUUAGAGAUAAUACGAUGCUCUGCUGGUCGUCGUUUGUGGCGGUGAACGGAUGCAUAGAGGACAAGUGAUAGUGAGUCCACUGAGAACACCGUUUUCUGGAGCAGAAUGUAGAUCCGUCCCAGCAGGCGAUGGAUAGCAUGUGUUGGUCAAUCGUCUCUGACUCUUUGCUGGUAGCUAUGUGCCCAAAGUUCCUGCAAUGGCAAAGACAGGCGUCUUGCAAUCAGUGCAGGCAGAGCUUGCAGGAUUUGAGACGAGCUUUUCACGGAAUUGUCCACUGCCUUCGGCUAAAUUUUGGGAGGCGUUAAUUGCGUAGAAACAUGUAUCCGAGGAGAAAUCACUGCACCCUUCUUGUUUGUUUGUGUGUGUGUGUGUGUGCGUGUGCGUGCAUGCAUGCGAGGGACAGACCUUACCACCGAGCUUUAGCUGUGGCGCACUAGACAAGCAUGGAGUCGGUCUGUAUUACAGCCGCAUUGGUGGUGACUCACCACGAGCUAGUUGUGGCGGACCAGACAAGCAUGGAGCUGGUUUUUGUUAUGACCGCAUGUUAGACUUACCACCAAGCUAUAGCUGUGGCAGACUAGACAAGCAUGGAGCUGUUCUGUGUUACGGCUGCAUUGGUUCUGGUCUAGCAACAGUCAUGCGAAGUGGCACUUGACCCAUGGUUGGAACAACAGGGCGAACGAGGCUAGUGAGGCCAAGGGUAGGUACACUCAGGACCAGCUGGGGCCAGCAUUUUUGGGAGCAGCCGAUUCGGACGGAGCCUACGACCGGACUUGAACCGGAGGUGUGGGGUCCAGUUUUUUCCUUCUUUUCUGUUCGUCUUGUCGCUUCGACUGGGCCCCGCCAUACUCAUUGGUCUAUGUGUAUGUGUAGGCUUAGCAAUUGCCGUUGGCCAUUAUCCGACUUUACAACUAAGUGGAUAGACCCGGACAGUCCAAUAUCGAUAACCUAGCGCGGAUUCAUACUUACUCCAAUUGUGCCUAGACUUGGGCCCAAAUGUGGCAGUAAGUCAAGGUGGCCCUCAUUAAUAAGUGAUUUCUAUAGUUGACCUGAGGCAUCAUUUGGUCUUUAUCAAUCUCAUGUGUUGGGCAAGAAACAGAACAGAGCAUGCUAUAGAGCCUAUAGACUGAGGGGCAGAAUAAGGUGUGUGGCACUGCACAUGAUAUGACAACAAUGAGAGCCGGCAGUACUCGAGUUGUGCAUUUUGGAUCACACAAUACUAUGUGUGUGGCAGUGAAGGGAUAAGGUCCCGAAUACUGAAAGCACACAAGGGUAGGGUGUGCAUGUGUGUGUCUGCAGAGAGAGAGAGAGAGAGAGAGAGAGAGAGAGAGAGAGAGAGAGAGAGAGAGAGAGAGACGUGUGCCCUUCUCAUUAUGUUGCAAGGCAAGGGAGGAGGAGAAGAGGAAAAGAGUUUUGUGUGUGUGCUCUCUCUUUCUCUCUCUUGCUAUCGUUCUGUCUUCCUCAUGGUUGUGCAUAUGUGUCUGGAGGGAGCUGGACUCUGUGGAUGAAGGUACAAAUCUGCUGUUCAUGUGGACAAGAAGGGAUAAGGAAGGAGGAGGGGAGUUGCUUUCAGAAGCGUGUAUGCCCCCUUGGUUCAGACUUGCUUGUUCUUGUGAGGGCAGCUGCUUCUAAAGCUUCUUGCCUCUUUGUUUUCGAUUACAUAUUGACAUUGGUAGAAGAGGAAGUGAUUACUGCUGCAUCCUACUUAGAGGGUUCAGCAGCCCGCUGGUUAAAUGGAUUGGUAGCUUCAAAGGGCUUCGGCAGGAACAUGCAUGAUUGGGCGCAAACUCUUGAAAGCUUUAUGGAUUUAGUGGAGGCUCGUUGGCAGAACCCUCAACGGGCACAGAUAGCCACUGACGGGCUCUUGAAACUUGAUACUAGAAAGUACAAGUCAGUGCGGGAACUUACCACAGCCGUAGAGCGCCUGAUCGUCGUUUCGGGAGUGGAGUACAAUCCACAGGGCUUGCUGACCAUGUUCCUGAGAUGUCUUCCCACAGACAUUAGGAACUUAUUAGCCCACGAGGCUCGACGCGAGUAUCACACCUUUGAGUCAUUCAGCAAGAAGGCCCUAGACUUAGAGGCUACGCUGGGUGGAGCUCAAACCCCUUCUACGGAUGGGAGAAAGAAGAAGACUCCACAAGAGUGGAAGAAGAAGGGUAGUCGAUUGAUGAUGGUUGAUUCCGAUGGGAAUCAAACCGAGAUCGAUGAUGUUUCUGAUCUUGUGGAGGGUUCAGAGUUUGACGGCGAGGAGAGUGUUGAGGGUAGCAACCUUGCCGCCGUAGUUAAGACUAAGGCAGCUGGCCGCGGCAAGGGCGAUCAACAAAGGAGUCAGGGGCAGGCCGCUAACCCAAACAAAAUAGUUGCUUGGGUUAGAGCAGGUCUGGAUAUAUGGCGGGACCGUUGGAGUCGUGGUGCUUGCAUUAACUGCGAUGCGUUGUCUAGGAGGGCAAACUACCUAGGUGCGCUGAUUUCUGAGUUUGGUUUGUCUGAGGACGUGACUCGAUCGUUGGAUGAAGCCUACAAGGAAGAUCCCAUCACGAUGGACAUCAUCAACAAACUACAGGCUAAAGACAAGGCCACCACUGGUCAGUUUGUGAUGGUGGAUGGGUUGCUCUUUCUUGAGAAGGCAGGGUUCAAGAGGUUAGUUGUUCCAUCUCGAGAGAUUUUGCGUAGUUUACUUUUAGGUGAGUGUCACGACGCAAUGGGACACUUCGGCUAUAAGAAGACGAGUGCUAAUUUAGUACAGCGAUUCUGGUGGCCCAAUAUGCUUGACGAUGUGAAGAAGUACGUGGAGACCUGUCAGGUCUGUCAGAGAGACAAGCCGCGGACUCAAGCUCCGCUUGGGUUACUCAAGCCUUUACCCAUUCCUGCUGGCCCAGGGCAGAGUAUCUCCAUGGAUUUCAUGGAUACUCUUGUGACCAGCAAGAAUGGCAAGAGGCACAUCUUCGUCAUAGUGGAUAGGUUCACUAAGUACUCUAGACUAAUCGCCAUGCCAGAGACUGCCAGGACUGAGCACGUCAUCAAGUUGUUCAUGGACAACUGGGUGCGUGAUUUUGGAUUGCCUAAAACUAUCGCUAGUGAUAGAGAUGUCUGUUUCACUAACGAGAUGUGGAAACAUACUGCUGAACAGAUGGGCGGCCAACUUCAGAUGACUUCUGGGAAUCAUCCCGAAGCAAAUGGGGAGGCUGAACAAAUGAACCGAGUGGUGCAGCAUCUGCUGAGGCAUUACAUCAAGCCCAUCCAGAAUGACUGGGAUGAGAAGUUGCCUCUCAUCGCCAGUCUGUACAACAAUGCUGUACACAGCACCAUCGGUGUCAGUCCUAAUCAGCUACAUCUCGGAUGGAAGCCUAGAUCCGCUCUAGACUUCCUCCUGCCUGAAAACCGAACUGCUGCAACUCCUGGAACCAUUGAAUUUGGUGUCCAGUAUGAGAAACUGUUGCAGCAGACUGUUGAACAUAUUAAGAAAUCUCAGGAGGUCAUAAUUGCUUUUGAGAGCAAGCGUCGUCGACAGUCCACAUUUCAGGGUGUACUUGCAGCUCAAAGGGCCGUAAUGAAUGCCAUGAAGCCUGGGGUUAGCUGGGUGCACAUGCACAGAUUGGCAGAGAGGACCAUACUGAAGGCACUGAAGGACGGAGGAGUUCUCCAGGGGUCUGUUGAUGAGAUGAUGGAUCAGCACCUAGGUGCCACUUUCAUGGCACACGGCCUUGGGCAUCUGAUGGGUCUAGACACUCAUGAUGUUGGUGGAUAUCCUGAGGGUACAGAUAGGAUCAACGAACCUGGCCUCCGGAACUUGAGGACGGUGCGAACUCUAGAAGAGGGAAUGGUUUUGACGGUUGAGCCUGGGAUCUACUUCAUCGACGCCCUCCUCCAACAAGCUCUUGAAGAUGACAUGAAGUCCAAAUUUUUGAAUGUUGACGCCAUAGAGCAUCUGCGAGGAUUUGGUGGGGUUCGCCUUGAAGAUGAUGUGGUUGUGACCGCUGAUGGAAUUGAGAAUCUGACCUGCUGCCCUCGGGAAGUUCGAGACGUGGAGGCAGUUAUGGCUGGAGCUCCUUGGCCUCCCAAGGUCUAAGCUUUUAAAGAAUUUUCACUGAGGUUUGGGAAUUUGCACUGAGUCUGAUUGAUGGAUAAAAGUUCAUAAAACCA